CCAGGGGCGGGGAUUGGCUGGUUGGCAGAGAAGGUCCCGGGACAGCCAAUCUGGGAGGCUGGGUCCCUGCGGAAGGUGAGGGCUGAGGCGCCACCGAGUGUGCUCUAUGGACCGCGCGCUGCUAUGGAUUCCUUGCCUUGACCUGCAGCUUGGGACGACUCGGCCAUCUCCAUGCUGGGCUGGAUUAAGUGUCUGAUGAGGAUGGUGUUUCAGCAAGUUGGGGUCAGCAUGCAGUCGGUUCUUUGGUCUGGAAAACCAUAUGGCUCAUCUCGAAGUAUCGUAAGGAAAAUUGGUACCAACUUAUCUUUAAUUCAGUGUCCAAGAGUUCAGUUUCCGCUUACCAGCCAUGUAACAGAAGGGCAUGCCACCCACCCAGGAGAGGAUGUCGUGGCAUCUUUCGCUGAUGUUGGAUGGGUAGCCACAGAAGAAGGAGAAGGCUCAGCAAGACUCAGGGCAGAGGUCAGGUCCAAGCCUCCCCUUGAGGAUGACCGUCCUUGCUGUGAGAAGCCCCCAAGCAGGCACAUUUCCUUAUCAAACUUGUGUCAAGAGGAGCCUCCUGCAAAGAAAGCCCUGGCCAGCGAGGAGGCCAUGCGGAAGAUUUCGGCGCUAGAGAAUGAGCUCGCUGCCCUUAGAGCUCAGAUCGCCAAGAUUGUGACCCUGCAGGAGCAGCAGGGUCCCAGCGCAGGUUGUUUAGAUUCUUCCGCAUCUACUACUGUAGCACCACCUCCACCCCCUCCACCCCCUCCUCCCCCUCCUCCCCCUCCACUGGUGAUGCAGCCAAGUGUGUCUGCUCUUGAUCUGAUUAAAGAACGAAGAGAGCAGCGACUCAGUGCGGGAAAGACUUUGCCUAAGAGCCACCCAAAGAAGCCGGACAUGCCGAACAUGCUAGAGAUCCUUAAAGACAUGAGCAGUGUGAAGCUGCGGUCAGUCAAGAGGUCAGAGAAAGAUGUAAAGCCUAGGCCAGUGGAUACUUCUGACCCGGCUGCCAUCAUAGCAGAGGCUCUGAAAAAGAAGUUUGCUUAUCGGUAUGAACACAGUAGCCAAGGUGAAAUUGAAAUUCCAAAGCCAGAGUCAGAGACCGCCUCAGAGCCAGCCCUGUUUGGCCCACAUAUAUUGAAGUCUACAGGGAAAAUGAAGGCUUUAAUUGAAAAUGUUCCAGACUCCUAAUGGACAAGGAGUUAAGAAAGACUCCUGGUUGGCUUGCAGAGCGGAGUUUGGCUAGAAGAACUCACCAGUACUUAGUAAAUUCCUGGCUGUAGCAUUCCUUGGUCUCCUUCUUACCCUAACUAGAGGAGUGAGAAGUAGUGAAAGCACCAGAAGUUGAUUUGGCUCUUAUGAGAUGGUCAAUUCUAGAGCUCUCCGGAACACACACGCUUUUAAUAGGCAGCCAGGGUUCAUCUUCUAGCUAUUUGGAUAUUACUGUACAUUUUCUGUUAACACUAAUAUCUGUGCAAACAUUUGAUAUGUACACACUUGGGUAUAGAGCAGUAUGUAAAGAGUGUAAUGAAUUGCGUUAGUGAGGACACUGUUACCUUCUUCAUUGAGUGUUCCCUGGUCAGCAAUGGAACAGCUGGUGUACCCUGUUAUUUAGAGCACAGUAUUGGAGUUGGGAAUGCCUCAAAUAGGGAGUACAUAUGUUCUCACUUUUUUUCCCCUGGAGCUAAGUUUACAUAAGCAACAGAAGAUGUUUACUGCUGAGUCUCUGUAUUCCUUUCUGUUAAAGGGAAGUGAGGACCAGGAAGGCUGCUUAAAUCUUAUUGCCACUCAAUACUGGGAAGCAAAUGUACUUCUCAAGUAGUAACAAAUCAAAGUACCCAAUUAAAUCAUUUCUUAAAUAAAAGCAGAAUGUAUCAUCUUUCUUUUCAGUUAAUGAGUGGCCUCAAAAAGAUGAUUUUAUUGCUCAGUUAACAAUUUUGCUGGGCAUGGUAGUGCACACCUUUAUUUCCAGCACUAGGGAGGUAGAGGCAGGUCGAUUGCUGUAAG